AUGGCUGAAGAGAAAAUCCAAUGCAAAAUUGAGUCUCUUGAAGCAUUUGCCAUUGAUGCAUACAAAAGCGAUGACCAGAAAAGAAUUGCGAGGAUGAUCCUCAAGGCAAUGGGAAUGGCAAAAACAGCAUCCGCUGCUUUAAACCUCCUCAUAGAUGUUGGAUACUUUCCUGUCCAUGUGAAUCUUGAUAUGUUGAAGCUCAACAUUCAUACUGAUCAUCCAGAUGAGAUCGUAUCAGCUGCUGAAGACCUUCUAACAGAGCUGGUUGACCCCGACAAGAUUAACAGAAAAGAUCUCACUCACUUGAAGGUCUAUGCUAUUGAUGUUGAUGAAGCUGAUGAGCUUGAUGAUGCGUUGAGUGCAACGAGGUUACAGGAUGGGCGAAUUAAAGUUUUGAUACAUGUUGCAGAUCCAGCUCGGUAUGUACAGCCAGGGAGUAAAGUAGACAGGGUGGCAAUGAGAAGAGGGACUUCUGUUUUCUUGCCCACUGGUACUUAUCCCAUGUUUCCAGAGAAACUUGCUAUGGAGGGAAUGAGUUUGAAACAAGGAGAGGUUUGCAAUGCUCUUACUGUAUCUGUUGUUCUGGAUUCUGAUGGCUGCAUUGCAGAAUACUCUGUGGAUAACUCAAUCAUUAAACCAACCUAUAUGCUGACCUAUGAGAGUGCAUCUGAGCUGCUUCAUAUGAACCUGGAUGAGGAAGUUGAAUUAAAAACUCUUUCUGAGGCUGCAUCUCUUCGGUUACAGUGGCGUCGCAAACAGGGUGCAGUUGACACAGCCACGUUAGAAACUCGCAUCAAGGUCCCUAAUCCAGAAGAUCCAGAGCCUUCAAUUCACCUUUAUAUUGAAAACCAGGCUGACCCUGCAAUGCGACUUGUCUCUGAGAUGAUGAUACUUUGUGGGGAAGUUAUAGCCACUUAUGGCUCUCGCAACAAUAUUCCUUUACCCUACAGAGGACAGCCCCAGUCAAAUAUCGAUGUAUCGGCAUUCGCACAUCUUCCUGAAGGACCUGUCAGGAGUGCAUCUAUUGUUCGAAUAAUGCGUGGUGCUGAAAUCGAUUUCAGGAAACCUGUACGCCAUGGAAUCUUGGGACUUCCUGGUUACGUUCAGUUUACUUCUCCCAUCCGUAGAUACAUGGAUCUUCUUGCUCAUUAUCAGGUCAAAGCAGUUCUUCGAGGUGACUCCCCUCCUUUCUCUGCUGGUCAGCUGGAGGGGAUGGCAUCACUAGUUAACAUGCAAACUAGGGUAGUAAGGAGUCUCUGCAGCAGCAGUCUUCGAUACUGGAUAAUAGAAUUCCUAAAAAGGCAGCCAAAGGAGAAAAAAUAUCGUGCAUUGAUCCUCAGGUUCAUCAAAGAUCGGGUUGCAGCCCUUUUCCUAGUUGAGGUGGGGCUUCAAGGAUCUGCAUGGGUGUCUGUGGGAACACAGAUAGGAGAUGAAGUGCAAGUUAGGGUUGAAGAAGCUCAUCCACGUGAUGAUAUUAUUUCCCUCAAGGAGAUCCUCGCUGAUGAUAUUGUUACGCUACAGAAUGAUCAUUGCUCCUAA